AUGAAAGCUUUUAUAGCGGAGGACAAUCUUUGCGCUCAAAAUUUAUUAAAGCUAGUGUCUCAUGGAAAUGCUAUAGUUGCUGAAAUAUUAAGACUUAAAGAUCAUAAACCUGCUACUUAUCUGUUAGACAGUAAAGAAACACAACAAAAAUACCAAGAUGUUAUCAUGGAUUUCAGCUACUUUAAGAUUUCUGAUUUCCAAGAAAAGAAGAUUAACACAAGUUCAAAACUGCAAGACUUAGAUGAUGAAUUAAAGGAGAAGUAUAUAGAACUUAUCAAUAGAUUCUACUUGCUCUUUGAAAAUAUUUAUCAGUAUAUAGUUGAUUUAAAUUCAUUUAUUGAACAGUUGAAUGAUAAUACAUUUAUUCAACAAAAUAUGGAAACCGUAAUGAAAGAUGUAGAAGGUAAACAGCUUUUGUGCGAAAGCUUGUACCUUUAUGGUGCUAUGCUUUUAUUGUGCGAUCUGUAUAUUCCUGGGCCACUGAGGGAGAGACUGCUUGUUGCAUUUUAUCGCUACAGUACAAGCCAAUCACAGUCUAAUAUUGAUGACGUUUGUAAACUUCUAAGGGAUACUGGCUACGAUCAGCUGAAUGGAAAGAGACCUGCAGAUUAUCCCGUAGAAUACUAUAGCCGGGUUACCAUUCGUCCUGAUUUUAUUGAAAAGGUUAUAGGAAAACUAAGGUCUGAAGAUAUAUACAAUCAGCUGGCAGUUUACACAAUUCCCGAGCAUCAAGCUUCAGCAUUAGCCACACAGGCCAGUAUGCUUGUGGUUUGUUUAUUUUUUACACCGCGUUAUCUUCAUACAGAUACUUCUAGGAUGAGAGAAAUUGUAGAUAAAUUCUUUCCAAGUAAUUGGGUUGUACCAAUUUAUAUGGGCGUUACUAUAAACAUAAUUGAUUAUUGGGAAAAUUUUAAAGCUGCUAAGUCUGCUUUGAACAACACUUGCAAUGGCAAGAUGGUUAGAGAUUUUUUUGCAAAAAGGGGUGGAUCUAUACCGAUGUUAACCAAUAAAACACACCAACUCUUAAAAGAAGGAACUCUAACCGACGACUUUGUGUUGGAUAAUAUAAACAAAAUAUUGAAUCUCCUUUUAAACUCUAAUCUAGUUUUACGAUGGCUACUAUUACACAAUACAGAUGUCAUAUUUUAUGAUCACAAUAGAAAAAGCAAACAACUUAAAGAUAUUGUCUUAAAGGAAACUAAUUAUGAUCCUUUAAAAAUAUUAGAGCUAAUGAUAAGCACUGCAGAAUUAGAAUUAAAAGUCAGAGAAAUUCUAAACAAAUUGUUGGAGAACAGAAUAGAGUCAUGGAACGCGAAUAAAGCUCUUGCGAUAGAAGCAAUAGAUAGUUUAUCAGAACUUUUUUCUGGAGCCAAACAUAUUACGAAAAUACAAGAAAACGAACAGUUGAAAUUAUGGUUUCAUAAUAUUGCUAAACAAGUAGCAUCUUUAGGCGAUCCCAUUUCUUCAAAAUCAAUUAAAAAAGUUACUCAACUGAUACAGGCAUUGGACGAAGUUGAAGAAUUUCAUGGUAUAAAAAGUACUUCAACAAUUGUACAGUUUCUUUCUGAGAGUAAAGAAGCAUUAAGAAAUCUUCUUAGGGCUGCAUCUUUAAAGGAGGAUUCAUUAGUUACUUUAGAGACCAUUGCAGAUGUUAGCUAUGCUUGGUGCACAAUUGACACUUACACAAAGUAUAUGCAAGAUAGCAUUAAGGAAAAUCCAGCGGUAACAAGCAGACUACGAGCACUUUUUUUGAAGUUGGCUAGUGCAAUGGAAAUACCUUUACUGAGGAUAAAUCAAGCCCAUAGUGAUGACUUGGUGUCAGUUUCGCAAUAUUACAGUAAUGAGUUAAUAAAAUAUAUUCAGAAGGUAUUGCAAAUAAUUCCAGAAAUGGUUUUUAGUAUAGUUGAAAAAAUAAUUGAUUUGCAAACGUGGGCUAUUAAAGAAAUACCUACGAGAUUAGAAAAAGAGAAAUUAAGAGAGUAUGCACAGUUAGAACAUAGAAUGGAAGUUGCUAAACUGACUCACUCUGCUUCCACAUUUACAACAGGAAUUUUAGAUAUGCGGUCAACACUAGUAGGUGUUAUACGAGUUGAUCCGGCCAAAUUAUUAGAAGAAGGAUUAUUAAAAGAGUUAGACAGACACAUCGGUAAAAAAUUUGAACAAUUCUUAGAACCUCAAAAGAAGUACCAACCUACAGCAGCCAACUUGCUCUCACGAUUACAAAAAUUAGCUGAAAGCAUGGAUGGCUAUAGAAGGUCUCUCGAAUAUAUUCAAGACUAUAUAAACAUUCAUGGUUUAAGGAUUUGGCAGAAACAGAUAGCAGCAAUCAUAAAUCGAAGUGUAAUUAAGGAAAUCAGCUAUCGGAAAGGUGUUACGCUGUACAGCCCUUCGGCUGGAUUUAUGGGCAGUCUGGCUAGACAGAUACCUCAGUUAUUAGAUGCUAGAUGCUGCACGUACGUCAGCAUAUGCGGAGCAUGGUAUGACGUAAAAACGCAAAAUGAAAUUAUGAACAACAAAACAUUCGCCAAAUUGAAUGAUGCUAUUGGUGUCGUUGGUCUUCAUGGAUUAGAUACUUUAUAUGGUUUUAUGAUAAAAAACCAAAUGCAAUAUGUUCAAGACAUAUUCGGGAGCAAUUCUGACAAGAUGGCUGUAGGGGUUAUGAGCGCAGAUAUGAAAGAAAUAGAACCAAUAAUUGCGAAAGGGCAAAAAGUUUUUCAACAGUUGUCAGAUGUAAUAGUUCUUAUUGGAACCAUACAAAUCAUCAGGAGACACAUUGCCUACCAGUUAAACACUAAUUGUAAAUUUGAUUCAGCUCAAUUAGAAGCUUUACUGAGAACUAUGAAUGAAUCAAUUAUUAAUGAAUUAAAAACAUCAGUGAAUUCUAAAACAAAGCCAAAAGUAUCAUCACAAUUGAUCUUCAAGCUGGAAGAGCAUUUGGUGAGAUGUGGAAUUUAUGAACCAUAUGAAAAAAUAUAUGUGAAGAACGCUCCAGAAAUAUUGAACGCUGAUAUAGGCCGCAUCUUAGUGGUGCUUUUGAUAUCGCAGUUGCCCAAACUACAAAUAUGUUAUACUACAGGUGACUUAGUUACAAAAAGAGUUGGAGAAAACGUUGACGGUUAUCCAUUAUUAGUCGGAAUCUAUACACUUCUACGUCAAACUAAAUCUGAGAAUCUGAAUACCUUUAUUGACUUAUUGUGUACAUUUGUAAGAUUAAAACAUUCCGAACAAUCCAGUGAUGUUUCCUGUAUAAUAAGAAUAUUGCAGUUAUUUUGUGAAACCUUUAAUUAUCCACUCAACAAACUUGAAGACAAACUGCCAAUGAUUUUACUUACUCUUCAAAAAUAA